UUGGCUUCGCCGGAAGUAGGCAUUUUUUUUAUAAUUUGUUGGAAAAUUAGGUUAUUUUAAAUGUUUAUUGUGAUUUUUUGUUACUGCAGGAUUUUUUAAAGCUCUUAACAAACGACGCCACAAAAAAUUAUCUAGGUUCGGUAACUCUAAUGAAACAAUUAACGGUUGCUACUGUGAGUAUGAUAGCGUAUUUGAAGGAUGCCUUUCCGGAGGACAGUUAUAAUAUAGAGAAGUUUAAAGAACUUAAAUUACCAAUAUUAAAGAAGAAUUGUCGAGAUGAAUCUGCUCAAUUUCUUAGCACGGCAUUAAUAAAUGCUUUCGACGCAUUUGAUAAGAAAUAUCUAGACCGUCUAGCAUUAUGUUUCUACGUGGACGAAUGUAAGCCGGAGAAUUUGGUGGAUUAUCAUAUAUUCGAGUACACGUACCACGCGACGGGCGCGUGCGUACGCGUGCAUUCCGGCCGCGAACUUGAAGACGACGCAUACCACCUGCUGCAGUACUGCACCGUCGUUAACAACGGCUAUCAAACUAAGACACCUGCCUCUUUGGACUUCAGCUUGAAACUUUGUUACAACGAAGCUGCGCCGAUAGACUACCAGGCGCCAGGUUUCAGCAGCUCUUCAGAGUUUGAGCAGCAGUUAUCGCAGCAGCUGUCGCCAGUGGACAUGUCCACCUUCUCGCUGGGUGACGUCACCACGCCAUACCACGGCCUGCGCGUCACCUCCCGCUUCAACGAUCACCUCGGCUUCAGCAAUACGGCUAUCGCCUCGCAGAACACUCCCUUGAUGACUCAAACUCAAGAUGUUACCGCGUUUUCAGAGGUGUGCAAGGGGGCGCUGCGCUGCCCUUGCGGCCUCGACAGGACGGAACUGCGUGACGUCACCUCCCUCAUCACCUGCAACUACUGCAAGACGCAGCAGCAUGCGGUAUGUUUCGGCGUACUGCGGGUUAACUUGUUGGAGUAA